GACUGCCACUCUCUCUUUCUCACUCUCUCUCUCUCUCUCUCUCUCUCUCAAACCCUAACCCCAAUCCCCAAUUGUCUUCGCCACCCUCGCAUAUUCGGCUCCGGCUCAGCUUCCCCGGCCACCAUACUGUUGAAUUACUAGGUCUAUGCAAUGGAUAUGUCAGAUGCUGUAAUUGUCAAGUCAACCAGAUUAAAAUCUGUGGUGUGGAAUGACUUUGAUAGGAUUAAAAAAGGUGACUCUUGUAUUGCUGUUUGUAGACAUUGUAAAAAGAAACUCAGUGGAUCAAGUACUAGUGGGACAUCACAUUUGAGGAAUCAUUUGAUAAGGUGUCAGAGAAGAGCUAACCUACCUCAAAUCUAUACAGCAAGAGAAAAGAAAAAGGAAGGAGCUCUUACUAUUGCAAAUUUUGAUCAAGAACAGAGAAAGGAUGAAGUUAUUAACCUUGUGAAUAUUAGGUUUGAGCAAGAGCAAACAAAAGAUGACAUCAGUAACUAUGGGAGUAGUAACUUUAAUCAAACGAGAAGUAGAUUUGAUCUUGCUCGAAUGAUAAUUUUACAUGGCUAUCCAUUGGCUAUGGUUGAGCAGGUUGGAUUCAGAGUAUUUGUCAAAAAUCUACAGCCUUUCUUUGAGCUUGUGACUUCUGAAGGGGUUGAAGCUGACUGUAUGGAGAUCUACUCCAAAGAGAAGCAGAAGGUGAGUGAAGUCUUGGAUAAGUUGCCUGGUAAAAUCAGCCUUACUGCUGAUAUGUGGGCCUCUUUGGAUGGUUCUGAGUUCUUGUGUUUGACUGCACAGUACAUUGAUGAAUCUUGGCAGUUAAACAAGAAGAUUUUAAGUUUCAUCAUGGUUGACUCUUCUCAUACAGAAGACAUGCUUUCAGAAAUUAUCAUAAAAUCUCUUAUGGAUUGGGAUAUUGAUCGCAAGUUGUUCUCCAUGACAUUUGAUAGCUUUUCCACCAAUGACAACAUAGCCUUAAAAAUCAGAGACAGGCAGUCCCAAAACAAGUUCCUUUAUUGCAAUGGCCAAUUAUUUGAUGUACGCUGUGCAGCAAAUGUUAUCAAUAUGAUGGUUCAGGAUGCUCUUGAAGCUGUAGGUGAGAUGACUGCUAAGAUUCGAGGAAGUAUACGGUAUGUCAAAAGUUCGCAAGUAAUACAAUCAAAAUUCGAUGAGAUAGCUCGCGAAGUUGGAAUCCAGGGUGAGAGGUGCAUAUGUCUAGAUAAUCCUUUGCAAUGGAACUCCACAUAUGCUAUGCUUGAAAUUGCGUUGUUGUACAGAGCUGUAUUUGCUCUGUUGCAAGAGAAUGACCCUGUCUAUACAAUGUGCCCUUCUGAUGUUGAAUGGGAUAGAGCCACUGUCAUUACUAGCUACUUGAAGCACUUUGUUGAGGUUACUAAUGUUUUUACAAGAUUCACGUCUCCAACUGCAAAUCUAUAUUUUCAUGAGCUCUGUGGUGUAUACUUGCAGCUGAAUGAGUGGUGCAAGAAUCCAGAUGAUUAUAUUAGUUCUUUGGCUUUUAAGAUGAGGAGCAAAUUUGAAGAAUAUUGGCAGAGGUGUAGCUUGGGUUUAGCAGUUGCGGCUGUGUUAGAUCCUCAGUUUAAGAUGAAACUGGUAGAGUAUUUCUAUGCACAAAUUUUUGGAAGUGGUGCCCCAGGCCGGAUAUGUGAUGUUUUUGAGUGCGUUAAAGAGCUCUAUGACGAACAUUCCAUCAGCUUAGCUUCCUUGGAUCAAGGGUUGGCUUGGCAAGUAGGCGGUGGUUCUCGCUUGCCUAGUUCUGGAAGGGACUCUAGGGAUAGGCUGACUGGUUUUGAUACAUAUCUGCAGGAAACUAGUCAGAGCGAAGGCUCAAAGUCAGAUUUGGACAAGUACUUGGAGGAACCUCUUUUUCCUCGUAAUGCCCCUGGAUUUAAUGUAUUAAAUUGGUGGAAAGUUCACACUCCUAGGUAUCCUAUUCUAUCUAUGAUGGCGCGCAAUGUGUUGGGGAUGCCCAUGUCAAAAGCUUCAUUAGACUCGGCAUUCAACUCUGGAGGAAGAUUGCUUGAUCGUGAUUGGAGUGCACUGAAACCUGCUACCAUCCAAGCAUUGAUGUGCGCACAAGACUGGAUACGCAGUGAACUAGAAAGCUAAUUUAGCUCCAGUCUUGGUUCUUUUUUUUAAUUUUGGUUGUAUCAUCAAUUUUUUUGUUUAUUACCAGAAUCUACAUUACUCCUGUAUGCGGGUGAAAAUUGUGAAGUCAAUUCUAUUGGUCUUCAUUCCAUUUUUUGUUUGUAUUGUGAGAAUUCAGCAUAUUUUCGACGCAUGUUACGCGGCGCUGUAGUGUUAAAAAGACUCUUUCCAAAGGCUAAAGGAGAAGUAGAAACUGAUGAUUGAAAGGGAAGGAGCAUAAACAUGGUGCGGUUGUAAGUUUCUGAGUAAAUGCUUUUCCAGUUUUUAUGCAUAAUGUACAGUUGAACUUCUGGCUAAAGAAAUGGGAUCUUUUGA